GGGGCAUCUGGUGCAGGGAGGGAGGGCCGAGCAUGCGCAAAGCAGCUGUUGGUAAGGGAGUUAUAUAGAAGCGAGUGAGUGUGCGACCUCAAUCUGUGUGCGACUGGGACAGCAUGAUGGCUUCUGGUCUAUGGAAAGUACUGAGUAGCUCCUGGCUGCCUGUGAAUGUCGCCCAGAUUGGCCAGUUUGCAAUAUUACUGUGCGUGGUGCUGCUUGUGCUGAAAGCCUGUGCGCUUUACAGCAGGGGGAGGAAGUUUACCGCAGCUCUAACGCCUUUCCCCGGACCUCCCUCCCAUUGGCUCUAUGGACAUGUCAAUCAGUUUCGUCGUGAUGGAAAAGAUCUGGAUAGAUUAAUGGUGUGGGCGAAAAAAUAUCCAAAUGCCUUUCCACUGUGGAUUGGAAAAUUCUUUGGCACUCUAAUCAUCACUCACCCAGAAUAUGCAAAGCUUGUAUUUGGAAGACCAGAUCCCAAAACAUCUACUGGAUACAGCUUUUUGAUUCCAUGGAUUGGAAAAGGGCUGCUGGUUCUUUCUGGGAAUACUUGGUUUCAGCAUCGAAGACUGAUCACCCCUGGGUUUCACUACGAUGUUCUGAAACCUUAUGUCGGUCUCAUUUCCGAUUCCACAAAAAUCAUGCUGGAUAAACUAGAUGCCUUUUCCAAUAAGGAUGAACCUGUGGAGCUAUUCCAACAUGUCAGCCUGAUGACACUGGACAGUAUCAUGAAAUGUGCCUUUAGUUACCAAAGCAACUGUCAGACUGACAUAGAUAAUGACUACAUUCAAGCUGUGUAUGACCUGUCCUGGUUGACUCAGCAGCGCAUUCGCACCUUUCCUUAUCACAGUAACCUAAUUUACUAUCUGAGCCCUCAUGGUUUCCGUUUUCGCAAAGCCUGCAGAAUAGCGCAUCUCCACACUGAUAAAGUAAUCGGGCAGAGGAAAAAGCUCUUGGAAAGCAAGGAAGAGUUGGAGAAGGUCCAAAAGAAGAGGCACUUGGAUUUUCUAGACAUUCUCCUCUGUGCCAAGGAUGAAAAUGGGCAAGGGCUUUCUGAUGAGGAUAUACGCGCUGAGGUGGACACAUUCAUGUUUGAGGGACAUGAUACUACAUCUAGUGGAAUAUCCUGGAUCCUAUAUUGUAUGGCUACACAUCCAGAGCACCAGCAGAAAUGCCAGGAGGAGAUCAACGAAGUCUUGGGGGAGCGACAAACCAUGGAAUGGGAUGACCUUGGUAGGAUACCUUAUACCACAAUGUGUAUUAAGGAAAGUCUGCGCCUAUACCCUCCAGUCCCAUCAGUAUCCAGGGAGCUUGCCAAACCAAUAACAUUCCAUGAUGGGAAGUCAUUACCAGCAGGCAUUUUGGUUAGUCUACAGAUUUAUGCUAUUCACCGAAAUCCCAAUGUGUGGAAGGAUCCAGAGAUAUUUGAUCCUCUUCGAUUUUCUCCAGAAAAUUCUUCUAAGCGGCAUUCCCAUGCAUUUGUGCCUUUUGCUGCAGGACCAAGGAACUGCAUUGGACAGAACUUUGCUAUGAAUGAGAUGAAAGUGGCUGUGGCACUGACACUGAAACGCUUUGAGUUGUUACCAGAUCUUUCCAAGCCUCCCCUCAAGCUGCCACAACUUGUUCUGCGCUCCAAAAAUGGUAUCCACGUGUAUCUGAAAAAAGCAAGCUGACCUGGAACAUAAGUCAACAGAGAUUAGAAACCUAGACAAAUAACCAAGGGCAUUGCAAGUUUCAUGGUUCAGUCCUGGUUUCAGUUUUUAAUUACAUGUCUCUCUGGUCUUCUAAAAGCCUAACUUGAAUGAGUUGUAACAAUUUACAACAGGAAAAUACUCGGUUACUGACUGGUUUAGAAAUGUGACGGGGGGACAGCAAAAAUCAGAUAAAACUGCUUUCAGUUAUAAUUACAUUUAUGAGUAACUUAAAAAAUGACUGAACAUUUUUAAAGAUGAUCUUUUAUUAUCUUCAAAGCAAAAUAAACAAUAAUAACAAAAAAAAACAAAUAAUUAAUGAAAAAGAAAGGUUUCAAUACAAUUGAAGAAAGACAAUUUGAAGUUUCUGGGUCAAAUGUGCAAUUGGACAGAUUACAUACCUCUGUUUGUAUCCCUUACAGCCAAUAUAAUACCACCUGUUUGUUUCUUUCCCGUAGAGGAAAAUAAUAGAAGGGUGUGUCAUAUUAAUGGCAUCAGUGCUCUGUAUAAAGACAGUGAAGCAGUUGCUAACCAGGUUGUUCCUCUAUCUAGUAGGCUAGAUCAUCAAGGUCAUACCAGGGGCCUCAGACCUUAUUGAACUUGGUGUGAGAGCCUCUAGUUUCAUAUGUUCAUUUGUACUGUGGGGUCACUUUGUUGACUAGUCGCCCAUCCAAUGCAUAGUUACAGUUUUCUUGGCAUAGUAAAGUAGUAGUCUAAAUAGUAGUCUAUUGAGUGCCACUACAUGUUUUGGGCCACAAGACCUUUCUCUCACUUGAAAGAGAGGGAGCAUUGUGUAGUACAUAUAGGAAUUUGUUUUUUUAUGAGGUUUAUUCUACCCCAGAGUGUAGACUGAACAUUUUUAAUGAAUGUGUAUUGGAAAGUGGCUUAGAAAGACGUGUUUUCACACUGCAAAUGUGUUCAUUUGGAUUUACAAACCCUUUAAAUAACUGGCUUUAAAAUUUAGUGAAAUUGGGAUAUAAAUAGUAAUUUUAAGUCGGUCUGUCUCAUGCAGCUUUCUUUGCCCAGGACCCAAUAAAAUACUCAGAGAUAGUUACUCACAUCACAUAUGACUGUAAAUCUGUCUAUGAAACAAUUAUUUUGCAAUAUAUUUGUAUACAUUUUAUUAAUGUAUUCAGUGUGUUUUAAUAAAUCCAACUGAAAUAA